CUAACCAAAAACCGAUCCCAGAACUUAAUUUCAGAUAUUUCUAUAUCUCCAGAGCAAAAUCAUGUAAACGAAAAAGAAAAAUAUAAAGAAAUUUCCGUCACGAGCUUACAUAACGAUCGACAAAACGAAAAAUAUCAAGAAAUUUCCAUCACGAGCUUACGUGACGAUCGGCAAAAUGAAACUAAGGAACCUGAUGAAAUUGAACCCAUUAAAA